AUGAAAAUCGUUUAUACCCUGCCAGCUCUGUUGGUGUGGAUGAGCGUUUUAUGCAGCCCCACAUUGGGCGCCAACACACAAUGGCCACUGGAAUCUGAUGAAGAUGUCUGCUCACUGUUUCCAAAUGGUGCUAUGCUACGUAAACCCGGCACUUGCGGUGAAUCGAUUAUUUGCCAGGACGGUAAAAGCACACCCGGCGACCUCAUCUGUGUCGGCACCCAAGGCAUCAAGUUGGAUACGAAGAAAUGUGGUGCGGUUAGUGAUGCCUAUUGUAAGGAUACCUGUGCCAAGACUUCUCCCACAUGGGUGUCGGGCGUGCGCAAUUGCAGAGAUUGGACCCAGUGUAAGGAUGGCAAGGUGGUGUCAUCAGGCACCUGUCCAACGGGACAAGUAUUCGAUCAAACCCUACAAAGGUGUCAUUAUCCCACUGCUGAUUACACAUGCGGCAUGGCCUUUGAUAUUUGCAACAUUGCUCCCAAGGAACAGCCGUUUUGGGAUGCGGAUAAUUGCCACAAAUUCUUUGUGUGCAACUCGAAACAAAGCCAAGAGGUAAUGGAAUGUCCCACCGGGCACUAUUACGACAAACGUUCCGGUCUAUGUAAUGCCAAGGCCCAGGUGGAUUGUUACAAACAUCCCUAUCCGGAAAAUGUCUGUGGCACAGCAAAGUUGGCAAUUCGUGAUCGUUUUGUUCGCGACCAGGCCACCUGUAGCGGCUAUUUCUAUUGUACCGAUUAUGGUUCGGGUGUACCGGAUACAAAACCCACUUGGGGCCAAUGUACCAAGUCGUACUUUUUCGAUGAACAUGUCCAGGCUUGUCGUCCCCGCACCGAGGUCGCAUGUGACGAAGAUCGUUGUGUCGGACGUCCCAGUGGUUUCGAAUUGGCUCCAAUUGCCGGUUGCCAGCACUAUUUGAAAUGUGUAAAUGGCUAUACCGAUGGUGAUCCGAUCAAGUGUGAGGAGGAUAAAUAUUUUGACGCUAGCACGGAACAGUGUGUUGACAAGAAAAUGUCAUAUCCAAUUUGUGCUUAG